AUGCUGCAAUGGUUGUACGAGACUCAACCACGAGAAGCCGCUGCCACUCCGAAGUACGCCAUCGCGAUGCUGGCCAGUGUGGCUGCUUGCUACCGGCCGUGUCCCCGUGUGGUCAAAUGGCUGUUUGAAAAUGGAGAACCUACGUCUGGAAUUGUGGAAGGCACGGCGGUGGGGAGAUACAAUCUCGAGUUAAUUCAAUGGCUCGUCAAGCGGCGUCCUAGUUUCAACACGCCUAAGGCCGUACGAAUUGCCGCUCAGAACCGCAAUGUGGCAUGCAUGCGCUGGCUCCUUGAGCAAUUCGGCAAGCUGGACGAAGACCUGGUGGUAGAUUUGGUGGGCGAGUUCGGCUACAGGGAAGUGUUGGCACUUCAAGCGGAGAGGGUUCGCGUGGCGUCGCUUGCUAGUGCUGUGCGGAAUGGUAAAUUUGACGUUGUGAAGCAGCUUUUCAAGGGGGACCACGAAAGGUUCGCAGACACGCAGCGGGUCAUCCGUGAGGCGGUUCAAAAUGACCAGGAGAACAUUGUGCAGUGGCUGCGCCAAGAGGUUAACCUCGAGGACCGCUACACUUGGGAUUUCGGGCCGACCAUAGGUCGUACUAGAAAUCGGGAUGACGAUACGCCCGAAGGUAGACAGAUUAUGUCGGCGAUACUCCGCAAGCACCCACACUUCAUGUAG